CCUCCGGCAGCUUUGUCUUUGCUCGACUUGGCGGCGUAAUUGCAGCAUCUUUGGCUGCUAGUUCGCUAGUUCGGUGGAUCUGACUUGCAAUUGAUUGACAUUGAAUGGCCAAUUGCCCUACCCUUCACAAUCGACAUCACUAGACUCCACUCCUCCACAAUGGCUACCAACGCAGUGGCUCUCGCCUGGAGAUCCGCAGGCCGCAGAGCACCUGCCCUUCCCUCUCUCCGCGCUACUCAGCGGCCCUCAAUCCUCCACCGGGAGUCUCUCCUCCGUCAAGUCCGCUAUUCCUCGGACGCAGCAUCCCAGACCAAAGAAGCGGCCAAGGAGACCACCGCACAGUUCACGGAAACCGUGAAAGAAGCCCCCAAGAAGACCGGCCGCAAGCUCAAGCGCACCGUCUGGGGCACCUCUCUUGCCCUGACUCUCCUCGCCGGCUACAUCUACGGAACGGACACCCGCGCCAGCGUGCACCGGUACGGCGUCGUCCCUCUCGUCAGACUGCUCUUCCCCGACGCCGAAGAUGCGCACCACUUCGGCGUGGACAUCCUGAAGACACUCUACAAGUACGGUCUGAACCCGCGCGAGCGUGGUGAUCCCGAUAGCGAUGGCGCUCUCCUCACUGAGGUCUUCGGCUACACCCUCUCCAACCCGAUCGGCAUCUCCGGCGGCCUGGACAAGCACGCCGACAUCCCAGACCCGUUGUUCGAAUUAGGCCCUGCCAUCGUCGAAGUCGGCGGUACAACCCCCCUCCCCCAAGAAGGCAACCCCCGCCCGCGCGUCUUCCGCCUCCCGUCCCAAAAAGCCAUGAUCAACCGCUACGGCCUUAACUCCAAGGGCGCCGACCACAUGGCCGCGGUCCUGGAACAGCGCGUGCGCGACUACGCCUACGCCCACGCCUUCGGCGAGCACGAGCUGGCCGAGCAGCGCGUGCUGAACGGUGAAGCCGGCGUGCCCCCGGGUAGUCUCCGCGAAGGCAAGCUCUUGGCCGUGCAAGUGGCCAAGAACAAGCUCACGCCCGACAACGACAUCGAAGCCAUCAAGCGUGACUACGUCUACUGCGUCGACCGCCUGGCCAAAUACGCCGACAUCCUGGUCGUCAACGUCUCCAGCCCUAACACCCCUGGUCUCCGCGACCUGCAAGCUACCGCGCCUCUCACGGCCAUUCUGAAGGCCGUUGUCGGCGCAGCUAAGAGCAUCGACCGGAAAACCAAGCCCUUCGUUAUGGUUAAGGUCAGUCCCGACGAGGACGCAGACGAACAAGUCUCCGGUAUCUGCGACGCCGUGUGGGGGUCUGGCGUUGAUGGUGUGAUCGUGGGUAACACGACGAAUCGUCGUCCGGAGCCGCUUCCUAAGGGAUUCACUCUGCCCAGUAAGGAGCAGGAUGUUCUGAAGGAGACGGGUGGAUACUCUGGUCCGCAGUUGUUUGAUCGUACGGUGGCGCUGGUUGCGAGGUAUAGGAGUUUGUUGGAUGCUAGUGCUCCUGCUGCUGCUGUGCCUAAGGCUCUCGAGGCGGCGGAGCCGGAUGUCGAGAAUGUUCCUCCCACUGUGAGUGAGGCUGUGGAGGGAUUGCCUGCCAGGAAGGUUAUCUUCGCUUCUGGGGGUGUGACGAAUGGUGCGCAGGCGAAGAAGGUCCUUGAUGCGGGAGCUUCGGUUGCGAUGAUGUAUACAGCUAUUACGUAUGGGGGGCUGGGGACGGUGACGAGGGUGAAGGAGGAGAUGAAGGAGAAGCAGUAGAGAAGACGGUAUUGUGAACUGAGGUAAGUUUACUGCCAGUGGCUAGAUAUGUGAUUUUAAAAGGAGCGACCGGGUUUAUUGGGGUGGGUGGAUGGUAGUUUAGUAGGUAGGCGUAGAUUAGGGGAUGUGAUAUUGUAUAUAGAAGAACUAAAUAAGAUUAUUCUCAACCGUUCAUUUGCUUUUAACGCUGGUUACAGUAGCUUUCUGGGAGUAUGUUUAAUUUCGAAUGAUCACAGCAGGGUAUCGAAAUAUACUGUAACUUGGCAUAGUUGAUAGAUGCUAGCUGAAGGCAAGUAGAAUGGUUUGCUGUAGCUGCUCCUAUUAGUCCGUCAACGCUGCAAGUCAGUAGAAGUAGGG